UUACUGACAGACUAGUAGCAUUUUCCUUGUUUACCAUUUUCUCCCUCAUCCCUGUAGUUGAGAGGCCAAGUGAACAAACACAGAGUUUGUCUUACUCCCAACCAACCAUGGGUCAGUCAUUUCCCUGCAGAAUAAUUGGCUUAGGAAAAAAAGACACGGAAAAGAAAACAAGUUCACGAUGUGCAGUUUGGUCUGACUACACCCCUAUCCAGAAACCAGCCCGAGUCAGAGCUGGUGGGAGUAGACACCCAUUUCAAGAAUAAAUAAAGAAGCAGCAAUAAAGAAGUUUCAAUCGUUGCCUUUAGAGAACUGAGGUUUGACUGCAUUUCUAGAAUAUUUUUUCUAAUUUUUCUGACAUUUGUUUCUUAUGAUUUAGGGACUUCUGAAUUCCUAAAACUGAGAGAAAUUGCGUUAUUCUUCCUGUAUCUCAGAAUCAAGUUUGAAGUACUGAGACUGGAUCAUUAUUUCACAGCCUAACUCUUUUGAUAAAAGUUGUUUGGUUCAAUCUGAAGGCUGAAUGGGUAUGAAGCAGAAAAGUGUGUUUCAGCAAAUGCAAGCACUUCUGCACAAGAAUUUUCUGAAGAAAUGGAGGAUGAAAAGAGAGAGCUCAUUGGAAUGGGGUCUUUCAAUACUUCUAGGAGUGUUUCUGGGUAUGUUUUCAAAUUUUCUAAAAAGUGCCCAGUUUCCUGAAAUACCUCCUUUUGACCUGGGAAGGGUAGAUAAAUUCAACAGCUCUUCUAGAAUGGUUGUGUAUACACCCAUCUCCAAUGUAACCCAGGAGAUAAUGAAUAAAACAGCAUUUUCUCUUCUUUUGAAAGAAAGAAGCGUCAUUGGGGUACCAAAUGAAAAACAUAUGGAUAAAAUACUUGAAGAAAAUUUUUAUGCUGCGGGAAUCAUCUUUAAUGACAUAUUCUCUUAUAAGUUAAAAUUUCUUCAGGGAUAUGAAAUUCCAUUUGUGAUAGAAGAGUAUCACUCAGUUCCUUGCUGGCAGGGAUAUGAAGGGUUUCACUGUAUGUUGAACCUGUACUGGACUAGAGGAUUCACUACUCUACAAACUGCCAUUAACGCUGCUAUUAUAGAAAUCACAACAAAUCACUCUGUGAUGGAGAACUUGAUGUCAGUUACUGCUGAGACUAUGAAGACAUUACCUUUUAUUUCUAGAGAUAUUAUUCAAAAUGAGUUAUUUAUUUUAUACUGCUUGCUUUAUUUUUCCCCACUUACAUAUUUUCUAUCACUCAAUGUUACAAAAGAGAGAAAAAAGUAUAAGGAUUUGAUGAAAGUGAUGGGACUACAAGAUUCAGCCUUCUGGUUCUCCUGGGGUUUAAUCUACGCUGGCUUUUUCUUCAUUAUUUCCAUAGUCCUUACAGUUAUCAUAACAUCCAUGCAAAUUAUAGUCAUGACUGGCUUCAUGGUCAUGUUCAUACUCUUUUUCUUAUACGGCUUGUCUUUGAUAGCUUUAGUGUUCCUGAUGAGUGUGCUAUUAAAGAAAGCUGUCCUCACCAAUUUGGUUGUGUUUCUCCUUACCCUCUUUUGGGGGUGUCUGGGAUUCCCUGAGUUAUAUAAACAGCUUCCCUCAUCUCUGAAAUGGAUUUUUAGUAUAUGUAGUCCCUUUGCGUUUACUGCUGGAAUGACUAAGGUCAUCCAAAUGGAUUAUAAUAUGAAUGGUGAAAUUUUCCCUGACCCUUCGGGAGCCUCAUAUACAAUGAUAGCAACUUUUUUCGUAUUGGCUUUGGAUGGGCUCAUCUACUUCAUAUUAACAUUAUACUUUGACAAAAAUCUAUCUUAUGGAAGUGAGUGCCGUUGUACUCCAUUGUUUUUCCUGAAUUCAUCAUCUUGUUUUCACCACCAAAGGACUGACAAUAAGGUCAUUGAGAAAGAAGUAGAUCCUGAGCAUCCCUCUGAUGACUAUUUUGAGCCAGUAGCUCCUGAAUUUCGAGGAAAAGAGGCCAUCAGAAUCAGAAAUGUUAAAAAAGAAUAUAAAGGAAAGUCUGGAAAAGUGGAAGCAUUGAAAGGUUUGCUAUUUGACAUAUAUGAAGAUCAAAUCACAGCGAUACUGGGCCACAGUGGAGCUGGCAAAACUUCACUGCUAAACAUUCUGAAUGGAUUAUCUGUUCCAACAGAAGGAUCAAUUACUAUCUACAAUAAAAAUCUCUCUGAAACGCAAGACUUGAAGGAAAUCAGAAAGAUCACUGGUAUUUGUCCUCAAUUCAAUAUCCAAUUUGACGUUCUCACUGUGAAGGAAAACCUCAGCCUGUUUGCUAAAAUAAAGGGGAUUCCCCCCCAGGAAGUGGAACAAGAGGUACAACGAAUUUUGUUGGAAUUGGAUAUACAAAACAUUCAAGAUAAAGUUGCUGAACAUUUAAGUGAAGGACAGAAAAGAAAGCUGACCUUCGGGAUUGCCAUUUUAGGAGAUCCUCAGGUUUUGCUCUUAGAUGAACCAACUACUGGAUUGGAUCCCUUUUCCAGGCAUCAAGUGUGGAGCCUCCUGAAAGAACGCAGAGCAAAUCGUGUCAUCCUCUUCAGUACCCAGUUCAUGGAUGAGGCUGACAUUCUGGCUGAUAGAAAAGUGAUCAUGUCCAACGGGAGACUGAAGUGUGCAGGAUCUUCUAUUUUUUUGAAGAGAAAGUGGGGUCUUGGAUAUCACUUAAGUUUGUAUAGGAAUGAAACAUGUGAUCCAGAACAAAUAACAUCCCUCAUUAAUCGUCAUGUCCCUGAGGCUAAAUUAAAAACAGAAAGCAAGGAAAGCCUUGUGUAUACGCUGCCGUUGGAAAGAACGAAUACAUUUCCAGAUCUGUUCAGUGAUCUUGAUAAAUAUUCCGCCCAGGGAGUGAUGGGUUAUGAUGUUUCCACGUCAACUAUGGAUGAAGUCUUUAUGAAAUUAGAAGGAAAAUCAACUAUCAAACAAGAUUUUGAACAAGUGGAGAUGUCAAGAGACUCAGAAAGCCUAAAUGAAAUGGAGCAAAUUCACUCUUCUCACCCUGAAACACAGAAGGCUGCGAAGGGCAUGGGCCUCUGGAGAAUGCAAGUCUGUGCAGUAGCCCGGCUCCGUUUCUUAAAGUUAAAACGUGAAAGGAAAGUUUUUUUGACGCUACUAUUGGUAUUUGGAAUUGCAGCAUUCCCUUUGAUUGUGGAAUACAUAAUUUUUGCUAUGUUUAAUGAAAAGUUCGAUUGGGAGUUUAAAACUGGAUUAUAUUUCCUCUCUCCUGGACAACUUCCCCAGGAACCCCGUACCAGCUUGUUGAUCAUCAAUAACACAGAAUCCAAUAUUGAAGAUUUUAUACAGUCGCUGAAGCAUCAAAGUAUACUUUUGGAAGUAGAUGACUUUGCAAACAGAAAUGUCACUGAAGGCUUUUCAUACAAUGGAGCUAUCAUAGUUUCUGGGAAACAAAAGGACUAUAAUUUUUCAGUUGUGUGCAAUACCAAGAGAAUGCACUGUUUUCCUAUUCUUAUGAAUAUUAUCAGCAACGGGCUGCUUAGAAUGUUUAACCAUACACAAUAUAUUCAAAUCGAGAGAAGCCCAUAUCCUUUUGCCUCUGCAACAUACUGGAGUGGGCUUCCAGAAGGUUCCAUUUUCUUAUUUUUGGUUUUAUGCAGCACUUCUCCUUACAUUGCCAUGAGCAGCAUCAGUGAUUACAAAAAGAAAACUAAGUCCCAGCUCUGGAUUUCUGGUCUCUACACCUCUGCCUACUGGUGUGGGCAGGCUCUGGUGGACACUGCCUUCCUCAUUCUGCUCCUGCUGUUAAUGUAUUUUGUUUUCUAUAUGGAAAACAUGGCAAAUGUUUAUGCUACAACGCGAAUUGUGUGGGCUAUGGUUAUAAUUACACCUGGUUAUGCAGCUUCUCUCGUCUUCUUAACAUAUAUGAUAUCAUUUAUUUUUCAAAAAAGGAAGACAAACAGUGGCCUUUUGUCAUUUUGCUUCUAUAUUGUCUCCUCCCUCAUGCUCAGCGUCGUUCUAACCAAUGAUUUUGGCCUAGGUGUCAUAAUUUCCACCAUGGUAUUAGUGCCUUCAUUUACCUUAUUUGGAUUUUUAACCUUUAUGCAAGAGAGAGCCCACGAGCAUUACAUGAAAUACCAAGAAUCAAAUUUUGACCUCAGUGAAGUUGAUCUGCUAGUCUGUCUGAUACCUUACUUUCAGGCUUUGCUGUUCAUUUUUGUUCUAAGAUGCAUGGAACUAAAAUGUGGAAAGAAAAGAAUGCGCAAGGAUCCUGUUUUCAGACUCUCCCCUCAAAGUAGAGAGGCCAGACCAAAUCCAGAAGAACCUGUAGAUGAAGAUGAGGAUGUUCACGCAGAAAGAAUAAGAACGGCAACUGCCCUGACCACUUCAAACUUAGAUGAGACAUCGGUCAUAAUUGCCAGCUGUCUACACAAAGAAUAUGCAGGCCAGAAGAAAAAUUGCUUUUCAAAAAGGAAGAAGAAACUAGCAACAAGAAAUAUCUCUUUCUGUGUUGAAAAAGGUGAAAUUUUGGGAUUGCUAGGACCCAAUGGUGCUGGUAAAAGUUCAUCUAUUAGAAUGAUAUCUGGGAUCACAAAACCAACAGCUGGAGAGGUGGAACUGAAAGGAUGCAAUUCCAUUUCCAGCCACCAGGGAGAAGGCCCUGUCAAGUUCCUGGGGUACUGUCCUCAAGAGAAUGUGCUGUGGCCCAUGCUGACCAUGAGGGAGCACCUGGAGGUGUACGCCACUGUGAAAGGGCUGAGGAAAGGAGAUGCAAAGGUUGCCAUCACACGAUUAGUGGAUGCUUUCAAAUUACACGAGCAACUGAACGUGCCAGUGCAGAAAUUAACAGCAGGAGCCACCAGAAAGCUGUGCUUUGUGCUGAGUAUCCUGGGAAAUUCACCUGUCCUGCUUCUGGAUGAACCAUCCACAGGCAUGGACCCCACAGGGCAGUGGCAAAUGUGGCAGGCAAUCCGGGCAGCUGUUAAACACACUGAGAGCAGUGUCAUUUUGAUCACCCAUUACCUGGCUGAGGCUGAGGCCUUGUGUGACCGUGUGGCUAUAAUGGUGUCUGGAAGGCUGAGAUGUAUCGGUUCCAUCCAACACCUGAAAAACAAAUUUGGCAAAGAUUACAUUUUAGAACUAAAAGUGAAGGAACCUUCUCAAGUGACUUUGGUCCACACGGAGAUUCUGAAACUUUUCCCACAGGCUGUUCAGCGGGAAAGGUAUUCCUCCUUGUUGACCUAUAAACUAUGCUUGGCAGAUGUUUACCCCUUAUCUCAGGCAUUUCACAAAUUAGAAACAGCAAAAUGUAACUUUAACCUGGAAGAAUAUAGCCUCUCUCAGUGCACAUUGGAAAAGGUAUUCUUAGAGCUUUCUAAGGAGCAGGAGGAGGAAAAUUUUGAUGAAGAUGUUGAUACCACAAUGAGAUGGAAACUUCUUCCUCAUUCAGAUGAACCUUAAAAGCUUAAACCUAACAGUUUUGGUUGAUGUCCUACAGACUUAUGUUGUAUGUAAUAAUUAGCAGCAUAUAUAAUUUUAAAGAAUAUUUAAUAUCAAUAUCAGGCAUAUUUUACAUAUGUAGUUAAUAAAUUUAAAAAUUAUUUUUCCCCUGAACUUAGGGGUUAUGAAAAAUCUGUGAUAAAGACAAUACAAAGUAUUAGUAAAACCAACCAAAGGGCCAACCACUUGUUAUUGUGGAUAUAAAAUUAUAAACUUGGAAUUUUUAAAAAUAUGACUUUCUUUUCUACCAUUUGCUAAGAAAAGAUCUUACUGAAAUAUGUGAGAGGUACAUUUAGUAGCCAAGAGCUUCAUGACUGCUUUGUACUAGUUCAUGAUAUAUCAAGUUUGCAAGUUUUCCUGUAUUUACAAAUAAAACACAAGGAUGUUCUCCUGAAAACUUUCCAGAAAUUGUUUUAAAAACAAUACUUGUUUGGAGGUCCAAAAACUCACAAGUAGACAAACAUACACACUGAGAAAUCAGUUCAAAUAUACCUUUUGAAAACAAAAGGAAUCUUAGUAGUAUUUAUUUAGAUUAAAAUUUUUUUUUUUUUUUUUUUGUAGAGACAGAGUCUCACUGUACCACCCUGGGGUAGAGUGCGACGUCUUAGGAUUUUCAUUUUAUGAUUUUAAAGGGGUGUUAAUUUCCUUCAUACUUCAUUAAUGGUUUUCUGUGAUUGGUUAUUGUUUUGAGCAUUUUUUCAUAUGUCUGUAGGCCGUGCGCCUGUCUUCUUCAGAGAAGUUUCUCUUCAAGUCCCCUGUCUAGCCUGUGAUGGGAUGGCUUGUUCUUUUCUUGCUUAUACGUUUGAGUUCUCUGUGGAUUCUGGUUAUCAAAUCUUUGUCAGAAACAUAAACUGCAAAUAUCCUCUUUCAUUCUGAGGACUGUCUGCUUGCUUUACUUACUGUGUUCUUGGCUAUGCAGAAGCUUUUUAGUUUGAUCAGAUCUCAGUAAUGUAUUUUUGGUGUUGCUUCAAUUGCCUGGAGGGUCCUCCUCAUAAAGUAUUCUCCCAGGCCAAUGUCUUCAAGUGUUUCUCCUGCACUCUCUCCAAGAAUCUUUAUAAUUUCAUGUCUUAAGAUUAAAUCUUUUAUCCAGUGAGAGUCAAUUUUUGUUAAUGGUGAAAGUAUGGGUCCAGUUUCAGUCUUCUACAAGUCUCCAGCCGGUUAUCCCAGCACCAUUUGUUAAAUAGGCAGUCUUUCCCCCAAUUUAUAUUUUUGAUAGGCUUAUCAAAAAUCAAAUGAUGAUAAGUGUCUGGGUUUAUCUCUUGGUUCUCAAUUCUGUUCCAUACAUCUACUUCUUAUUUUUGUGCCAAUACCAUGCUGUUUUAAUCACUAUAGAUUUAUAGUGUAGUUUGAAGUCUGGUAGUGUGAUUCCUCCUGAUUUGUUUUUAUUUCUGAGUAAUGUCUUGGCUAUUUGAGGUUUGUUUUGGUUCCAUAUAAAAUGAAGUACUAUUUUUCCAGAUCUUUAAAGUAUGACGGUGGUGCUUUGAUAGGGAUUGCAUUAAAUUUGUAAAUUGCUUUGGGUAAUAUGGACAUUUUAACAAUGUUGACUCUUCCAAGCAAUGAGCAUGGUAUGUUUUUCCAUUUGUUAACAUUUUCAGCUAUUUCUUUUUUCAGAGUUUUGUAAUUCUCUUUAUAGAGAUCCUUCACAUCCUUUGUUAGGUAAAUUCCCAACUAUUUCAUCUUCUUUGUCACUACUGUGAAAGGAAUAGAGUCCUUGACUGUUUUUUCAGCUUGACUAUUAUUGGUAUAUAUAAAAGCUACUGAUUUGUGAGUAUUUAUUUUGUGUCUUGUGACGCUACUGUACUCCUUGAUCAUUUCUAGAGUUUUGUGGUUGAGUUGCUGAGGUUUUCCAGGUACAAAAUCGUAUCAUCUGUAAAGAGUGAAAGUUUGAUCUCCUCUGACCCUAUUUGUAUACCUUGAUCACCUUCUCUUGCCUGAUAGCGGUGGCUAAGUCUUCCAUUACAAUGUUAAAAGGCAGUUGGGACAAUGGGCAACCUUGCCUGGUUCCUGAUCUGAGUGGAAAUGUUUUAAAUUCUACUCCAUUCAAUAUAAUAUUGGCUGUGGGUUUGCUGUACAUGGCCUCUAUCAGUUUAAGAAAAGUCCCUUCUAUACCUAUUUUCUUAAUUGUUAUGAUCAUAAAAGGAUGCUGGAUAUUGUCAAAAGCUUUUUCUAUUGAGAGAAUCAUAUAGUCUUUGUUUUUUAGUUUAUGUAACGUAUUAUAUUAAUAGAUUUACAUAUAUUGAACCACCUUGAGAUUCUGGGAUAAAACCCACUUGGUCAUAGUGUUUAAUUCAUUUGAUGUGUUGCUGGAUUCUGUUUCCUGGGAUCUUGUUGACUAUUUUUGCAUCAAUAUUCCUUAGUGAUAUUGGUCUAUAAUUUUCUUUUCUUGUCGGGCCUUAUCCUGGUUUGGGGAUCAAGGUGAUGUUUGCUUCAUAGAAUGUGUUAGGUAGUAUUCCUUCUUUUUCUAUAUUUUGGAGAAGGUUAAGUAAUAUAGGUACUAGUUCCUCUUUAAAGGUUUGGUAGAAUUCUGACGUAAAGCCAUCUGGUCCUGGGCUUUUCUUUUUAGGGAGAUUUUGUGUAGUUGAUGCUAUUUCAGAACUUGAUAUAGGACUGUUCAACAUUUCCACUUCAUUCUGGCUAAGUCUAGGAAGGUGUCGUGCUUCCAAGUAUUAAUCUUUUUCUUCAAAUUUUCAUAUUUCCAGGAAUAGAAUUUCUUGUAAUAUUCAUUAAGGAUUUUUUGAAUUUCUGAGGUGUCUAUUAUUAUUUCACCUUUGUCAUUUCUGAUAGAUCAUACUAUAGACUUUAAUUUUCUAUUUUUUGUUAGGUUGGCCAAAGGUUUAUCAAUUUUGUUGAAUUUUUCAAAAAACCAACUUUUUGAUUCAUUGAUCUUUUCAAUAAUUCUUUUGUUUUUGAUUUAAUUUAAUUCUGCUCUAAUUUUAGUUACUUCUUUUCUUCUGCUGGGUUUGGGGUUGGAAUGUUCUUCAUUUUCCAGUUGCUUUAGAUGUUCCAUUAAGUUAUUGACUUCCUCUCUCUCUAUUCUCAUGAAGAAGGCUUGCAACACUAUAAAUUUCCCUCUUAGGACCGCCUUUGCAGUAUCCCACAGGUUCUGAUAAUUCAUGUCUUCAUUAUUGUUUUGUUCCCAAAAUUUGGCAAUUUCCUUCUUAACCUUAUCUAUGACUCAGAUAUCAUUCAGCAUAAGGUUAUUUAGUUUCUAUCUCUUUGUAUGAGUAUGCAGAUACUUGUUAUUGGUGAGUUCAACUUUUAUUGCACGAUGGUCUGAGAAAAUACAAGGAAUAAUUUUUAUACUUUUAAAUUUGCUGAGGUUAGAUUUCUGACCUAAGAUGUGAUCAAUUUUGGAGGAUGUUCUAUGGGCUGAUAAAAAAAAUGUGUAUUCAGUUUUGUUAGGAUGAAAUGUUCUGUAGAUGUCUAUUAAAUUCAAUUGUUGUAUGGUGAAGUAUAAGUCCAAAAUUUAUUUGCUUAGUUUCUUAUUCGAGGAUCUAUCCAACACUGCCAAAAGGGUGUUAAAAAUCUCCAGCUAUAGGGUGGUGCCUGUGGCUCAAGGAGUAGGGUGCCCGUCCCAUAUGCUGGAGGUGGUGGGUUCAAACCCAUCCCUGGCCAAAAACCACCACCAAAAAAAAAAAAAAAAUCUCCAGCUAUUAUGGUGCUGGAAGAUAUUAAAUUGCUCAUGUCUGUUACGGUCUCCCUUAUAAAUUGAGGAGCAUUCUGGUUGGGUGCAUAAAUGUUAAUAAUUGACUUCUCAUCAUGUUGGGUGUUUACCUUAACAAAUAUGAAGUGAAUCCUUUCUUUCCUUACUUUUGUUGGUUUAAAGUCUAGUUUAUCUGCAAAUAAAAUUGCCACCCCUACUUUUUCUGAUUUCCAUUUGCCUGAAAUAUAGAUGUCCAUCCCUUCAUCCUGAGUCUAUAUUUAUCCUUUAGGACAAGAUGAGACUCUUGUAUGCAGCAGAUAUCUGGCCUGAAUUUUUGUAUCCAUUCAACAAACCUGUGCCUCUUAAGAGGACAGUUUAAGCCGUUCACAUUAAUUGAUAGUAUUGAUAAGCCUGGUAGUAUUUUGGGUGUCAGGUUUUUCAAAAGUCCAGUGGACAUUUUGAAUCUUUUCACCACUGUGGAAAUUGGGUUUUGGUCAAGAAUUUCAGAGUGAGUUUACUUUGGUGGUAGAGCAUUGUGUUGGUCAUUAUGGAGGAUGGAUUUGAGGAUAUCCUGAAGAGCUGGUUUUGGUUGUGGCAAAUUUCUUCAACGUGUGUGUGUCAUUAAAGUAUUUUACUUCUCCAUCAUAAAUGAAGCUCAGUUUAGCUGGAUACAGGAUCCUGGGCUGAAAGUUGUUUUGUUUUAGGAGAUUGAAGGUCAAUCACCAUCCUCUUGUGGCUUGAAAAGUUUCAGCAGAAGGAUCUGCAGUCAUUCUAAUAUUCUUCCCCUUGUAGGUUAUGAUUUUCUUAUGUCUGGCUGUUUGUAGUAUUUUCUCCUUCAUAUUAACUUUGGCGAAGUUAAUGACAAUGUGUCUAGAAGAUGCUUUAUUUGCGUUGAGUUGUGCUGGGGUUCUGAAACUGUCUGCUGUCUGAAUUUCAGUAUCUCUUGCCAUGUUUGGGAAAUUCUCCUUAACUAUUACUUAGAGUAGAGUAUCUGUGCCUUUUGGAACAUAAUCUUCUCCUUCAGGGAUUCCUAUGAGGCGAAUGUUUGCUCUUUUGGAGUGGUCCCACAAUUCUCUCAGGGAAUGAUCCAUUUUUGAUCUCCACUUCUCUUUCUCUUUGAGUGUUUGGGAGUGUUCAAAAGCUUUGUCUUCGAUGUCAAAAAUCCUUUCUUCUGCUCCCUUCUGUUACUGAGGGAUUCUACCAUAUUUCUCAGAUCUUUGAGGGCUGCCUUCAUGUGUCAAAAUCCCGUCCUCUUUGGGAUGGGUUUUGUACCUGAAAUUUGUUUCCUUGGAGUCCCAGCUUGUAGCAGCAGGGGUGAUGUGAACCUAUCAAUCCUCUCUCUCAUCUCAGCUCCCAAUCUUCCACUUUAUUGGGUUAUUUCUGGCCAUUAUUUCUCCCUCUGGACAGGAGUAUCUGCUGAAAGCUGGCUUCAGUCGGCCAUCUUGCCUCCCUCCUAUCUCACUUACACAUUUUAUAUGUGUAUUGCUCAGUUUUAAAAGUCUGUGUCAGCUCCAAUUAUUAUUCUAUGUUUUCCUUAAAAAUAGCUAUUUCAUCUUCAAUAUCGCAAGAACAAGUUUGCAAGCCCAAGCAGUAUUCCUGCUGCUUUUUUGUUGUUGUUGCUGAUGAUAUGUUAUAUAACUUCAGAAUAUUUCUAUGGUCACUGAAAAAAAUUGGUAUAAUAGAGAAAAUAUAUGAAUUUUGAAAAAUUGAAUAAAAGAAUCAUCAUGAAGUCC